ACUAUGAAGUCAGCUAGUUGGCCAACAGCUAUCUGCAGUUACCGUAGUUAAGUGCUAACGGUGCUAGCUGGUUAUGUUGGCAGCACAUACUAAUGGACUGGUGUAAAAGGUGCUAAAGAGCUUAAGAUGUAUUUUUUAGUAAACCCGAUACGCGAGUAUGGUUAUUUUCACGUUUAAAUGAAUGUAUAUUAAGAUCGCUAAGCUAUAUUUCACAGUUUUCUUGUACUGUUGGCAGCUACAAUUUAGAGGUGACCCGGCAUUGUGUCUUUAUAUUAAUGUCAACAGUUAAUGACAUAGUGUUAUAAAGUUGGACCAACACAGCUAGCUGUUCCUCCUCAUUCACUGCUGUGUCAGUCAUAGUGGUGUUGGGGAACAGUCAUCAGACUUGUGCUGCUCUGUGUGUGUGUGUGUAACAGAGAGUUUGUUUCAGAGCUCAGGUCCCUGACAUUACUGCUAUUUCUACAUCAAUUUGUCAACUGUGGAGACAUUUUGUCCCUCAGAUGCAGACAGCAAAAACAAACAAAACAGCAAAGUAGCCUGGCUGGUUAUGUUGGCCUUGAUCUAGACCCAUCCUCCUCCUCCUCCUCCUGUUUCUUUCCCAACACACACACGCACACUAGUACUGUUACGCAAACAGUAUCUAAGUCUAUUAAGGGAAGGUAGCUUGGUGUUGGAUCUUAAGUAGGAUCUGGCUCCUCUGAACUGUCAGUGACUGUCUGGCUGUCAACUCAGUCUGGCAGUCAGUCAUCAGGUGUUAAAUAACCUGCUAUUUUGACAACCACCUGAAUUGUUGUAAGAGAUUUUACUAGUAAAAAAUGUGAAACAUGCCUGAGUUCCAGCUUCUUAAUUGUGAGUACUUACAGGUGUUUUGUAUCACUGUAAACUGAAUAAAAAAAAACUUGGGGUUUUCUUCACUGUUGUAAGCAAUAUGAUGACUAUCUUGCAUUGCAAUAAGAUCAUCACAGUAGCACCAAAAAGCCGUAGAACUCUGCAGGGAGACGCGAUCACAAGACAAGCUCACAACUAGCAUUAACACAAAAAUUAGGAACAAAUAAAACAGAGAAGAGAGUAUGGGUUUUUCAAAUACUGGCAGCUGACAAUGUGGACUGCUUAGGGUGAGCAGACUCUGUAAGUGCGAGUUAUGGAAAAUGAGUCAAUCACGAGCAAUUGUGUCCUCUAUACAAGAGCAAAUUAUUUUUAAUUAAUAAAAAUUUGUAAUCCAGAUCACAAUAAUCACAAUGAGUACUAAAAAGUGACAAGACCAGAAAGAAGUGUAGGAAGAAAGCUGCAGCUUUUGGAAAAGAAAAUAUGAAUUGUUUUUCUGCUCCCUGCUCAUGCUGACACAGUUGGCAUUCCUUGUCAUGGAUACAAACGGUAUUGUCUUUGAGGCUGUAAAAAGACUUUGUACUCACGGCCUUGUCAAAACUGCGCUGACACUGUACAUAUGUUGCAUCACUCCUGAUGAUUUAUCCAGUGGUAGUUUACUGUUAGUAUUUUUGCUCCGACUGUUGCCGCCUUAUGACUGGAAAUGCAAUGAUUAUUAGGGCUUACAGGCUUUUUGGAUUUGAUAUGGUGUCAGCAGUUCAGUUUACACUGAAGAUUAAAACCUGACAUGAAGUCAGUUCUUUUUUGUGUGUUGGGGAGAUUCUCAUCCAGUGGUUUUGUUUUCUUUAGUUAGGGUUGUGCCUGCAUCACACAGCUCUGCUCCGAAGGUACUCACAUCCUGGCUCGUCAUUCCAAAAAAACAGAUUCUUCAGUUCACACAGGGUAGGUAAGCGCCGAGGCCUGUUAUGGAAGACACUUGUUGGGAUCUCUGUUGGCGUACCUGUGGCGGUGGGUGUCCGGUAUGCUGCGUCAGAACCCAGAGAGAGGAGGAAGAUGAGGAUUGUGAUUGAAGGAUUUGGUCGCUUCUUUAGAUCUCUCUCUGUGGGAAUCCUUAUCUCUGUGGACUACUGGUGGACCACCAAUGUGGCUCUCCGUGGCCUGGAUGAGAGCAGCCCAUCCUACUUGGCUGAGAUGUCAGCCUGCCACCAGAGGGCAGCAGAGUGCAUGGUGGAGGGCGCCAUCAGGAACGGAGGAAUAUACAUCAAACUUGGCCAAGGUCUAUGUUCCUUCAACCACCUCCUACCCCCCGAGUACAUCCACACCCUGCAGAUACUAGAAGACAAGGCCUUGAACAGGAGGUACAAAGAGGUGGAUGCUAUCUUCGAAGAAGACUUCAACAAAACCCCAGAGCUGCUUUUUAAAUCAUUUGACUAUGAGCCCAUAGCUGCCGCCAGCUUGGCUCAGGUUCAUAAGGCAGAGCUGUUUGAUGGGACUCCUGUCGCAGUGAAGGUGCAGUACAUUGACCUCAGGGAUCGUUUUGAUGGUGAUAUCAGAACACUAGAGAUCCUGCUGGACAUUGUUAAGUUCAUGCAUCCCAGUUUUGGAUUCCGCUGGGUUCUUAAGGACUUGAAGGGUACGCUGGCUCAAGAGCUUGACUUUGAGAACGAGGCCAGGAAUUCAGAGAGGUGUGCACAGGAGCUGAAACACUUCAAAUUUGUAGUUGUGCCGAAAGUCUUCUGGGAGCAGACUAGUAAGAGGGUGCUGACAGCAGAGUUUUGCCAUGGCUGCAAAAUCAACAAUGUGGAAGACAUUAAAAGACAAGGCUUAAGUCUGAAAGAUACUGCAGAUAAGCUGAUUCGAACAUUUGCUGAGCAAAUCUUCUACACUGGUUUCAUCCACGCUGAUCCUCACCCAGGAAAUGUUCUAGUGAGACGAGGUCCUGAUAACAAGGCGGAGCUGGUGCUGCUGGAUCACGGGUUGUACGAAUACCUCAGUCAACACAACAGAGUGGCCCUUUGCAAACUGUGGAGGUCCAUCGUCCUACGCAAUGAGGCGGCAAUGAAGAAAUACUCUAAUGCACUCGGGGUCAAAGAGUACUUCCUCUUCUGCGAGAUGCUGCUGCAGCGACCCAUCAACAUGCGGGAGCUGGGUUUGUCCAACAUCCUGAGCAGAGAGGAGACAACCUACAUGCGCGAGAUGGCCAUCCACCGCUUCGAAAGCAUCAUGCAGGUGCUGAAGUCCAUGCCCCGGCCCAUGCUGCUGGUCUUCCGGAACAUCAACACGGUCCGAAGCAUCAACAUCACUCUGGGAGCACCGGUGGACCGAUACUUUGUCAUGGCCAAGAGUGCUGUUCGAGGCUGGGGGAAGAUUCAGGCAGAGAGGGCAGGGAUACUGCCCAGGCUCUGGGUCCUCCGCUGGGUGAGGACAACAUGGGAGAACCUCAAGUUUGAGCUGGCUCUGAGGUCGGAGAUGGCAGUGAUGCGUCUGACCCGUUCGUUCCUGAGCUUGCUGUCGUACUUUGGCCUCAUUUCUCUGGACGCUGAAAUGUAUGAGUACCUGAGGUAAUGCACAGCUCUCCCACUCUGAAGGAGCAUAAGAGCAUAAGAUAAUGCAAUCCAACAGCAAGGAGCCUUUACUUGAUGUAGCCGCUCCGAGUGCUGCUAGUAAUGGUGCUGCUCAAGUGUUUUCCACACCAAAUCUCAUCCGGAGCUGUCUCAGACAUGACGUCUUCAAAAUGGGUGAGAAUGUACUGAUCUUCAGGUCUGUAAAACACCAAACCCAUUCCAGUGUUGACUCCCAGAUGCCAGAGUUUCAGAACUUAAAAGCCUAUUGUAAUGUUUUUAAAUUAAAUUAAGGAAAAUUAAACUUUUUUUUUUUUUUUAGUAUCUGCAUCAUUCAGUUUGUUUUAGUGUCAUCUUAGUAACUUAAAUCCUUUUGAAAUCAAAAUUUGAGAUGUUUUAAAGUACAGUUCGUUUCAGAGAAACUUGGAAACAUUUCCCUUAUUUUGUAGAAGCUGUAUCAUGCUGGCUGAACUUU